AAUGGCCACCGGCGCCAAUGAUCCAAGUCUAUUGGACUCAGAAGCAGUACCUCAAAGGGACAUGACGACCGAAUCAUCAACCACAUUUGAUAGACUGGAGGAGCAAAGAAACAAGUGCGAGGAGAGGUUAACGGAGAUGACCGUCCAGAACAAAUUAGUGAUCAAUAUAAUGAAAGCAGAGAUAACCGCCCCGAUGGAACGUAUCAUUCAAAUGAUAGGUUCUAACCAAACAAAUUUUACCAAUGAAUCAUGUAAGUCAUCUGUCCCUAUUCAAGCGCAAGAGACGGAACACGUCGUAACGGUUAAAGAACAAAAUUGCGAAAUUCGAACAUCCAAAGUCCUCACGAAGAAGACGACAGAAUACCAUCUACCAAUGGUCCCUUCGUUAAUCAACAAACCGAUCCUGGUCCUUCAACUACUUAUUCCACUGAUGGAAGCUAACAUUGAAGAUUCGGAGAAAUGUUUGAUUGCAAAUCGCUGGAUGACUGACAAAGUAUGCAGUAACGAGUUUCAUGAUGAUGAUGACAAAGAGAGUUUCUUAUCUUUAGUCAAGAAUUUGAAUUUUGCUUAUUGUGAUGCUUCAUUAUCUAGAAGAACUGACUUAGAAAUAAUCUUCAAUAGAAGUAUACCCUUCCAAUCCGAUAACAUUUCAGACUGGAUUGAAUUCAAGGCACUCCUUGUACUUCGAAACUCACCUAAAAACGGAGAUCAUACACAAUAUGAAAGACUUAAUCGAUAUGUGAACAGAUUACCACCAUAUAUUUAA